UCUACUGAAGCAGUGUCCGCCCCAGUUUAGCUGGAUGUCAGAGGCAGGAGCUCCCGCCAGGGAAAAGAACUUAAAAGGCUUAAAGCUGGCUCUUGGAAGGGAAAAGUGGGCCAGGCAGGGAGGGCACUGGACAGGUUUUCCUGUUCAUGGAGCUCUUUUUCAGCAAUAAGUCUUUCUUUCCUCCACAUCCCCUCGUUGGCUGCAGAGCUGCCUGGAAUUCUGGGGGCUGCGGGGAUGGCGAAUCAUUCAGGCAAGGACCUGGGGCUAGGAGCUGGCCGUUGUGCUGAACUGAAGGGCUCGCUAGGGGAAACGUCGUUGUCUGCGUCCUUUUGCCAGGCGGCCUGCCAGCCAUUGCCCGGGCUACCCCAGAGCUAAGCAGUUGUAAAGGGGAAGCAUGGAACUCAGAAGGGGAAAGACCUUCAUCAAAUCCAGUUUACAGAUUUCCAAUGAGAAACCAAUAGUGGCAGAGGCUGCCUUCCAGAGUAAGGAAGCUGGGGCAUUCAGGUCAAGGAUAGCAGCAACUGAUGGAGGGCCCUUGGAAGAGGAGAGUCAGAAAGCAGGUUUGGCCUCCCAUAAACACUACAGGUUCUCUAACAAGGUGACCCAUUUGAUACCUGAUGAAGACAUUGGGGCUUCUUGUGGGUCUUCCUACAAACUGGUGCGGAAGAGCAAGACUCAUGACUGUGUGAUGGGAGCAGACAAGCCUGUAGGGAGGCUGGUCAAUAGUAUUAGCUUUUCUGGUCUGGGAAGUCAUCCAGGAGCCCAUGGUAGGAAAGCACCAGCAGGCAGCCCUAGCCCAUCCAGUUGCAGCGGUCAGCAAAUGAUUGAUUACCGUCACUUUGUACCCCAAAUGCCCUUUGUGCCAGCUGUGGCCAAGAGCAUCCCCAGGAAGAGGAUUUCUCUGAAGAGAUCCAAGAAGGGGUUCCGGGAUAUAUUCCACAUUAGGAAGAACAAGUCAGAGAGUCUGGCUAUGCUGAUGGGGAAAGGCAAAAACUUGCCAUCUCCAGGAGGUGAGGGGGAAAUACCUGGACGGCUAGGCAAGGCCUUCUUCAAACCUGGGGAGACAUUGGCUGCUGAUAGUUUGGCUCAGGACUUGUCUGACAGUGAGAUUCAGUCAGAUUCCUCCUAUGACUACUGUGGGGCCUUGUGUGAAGAUGUGGCUUCCCUUAAAAGCUUUGACUCUCUUACUGGCUGUGGGGAGAUUUUUGCUGAUGAGGUAUCAGCCUCACUGGAGCUGGAGGGCAGCCAGGAGAUUUUGACCCGGAGGCCAAGAGCCAGAGAGAACACAUCUGCCAUGGGCUCUUUCCAGGGUGGGGUAGAACAGCUGGCCUCACCAGCUCAGAAUGAGGCUACUGACUUUGCCAAGUUCUGGGACAACAUCAAUUGGUCAGUGAGGCGACACCAAAGUGCAUUGUUUGAUCGAAAGCUAGAGGGCUCCAAGGGUAGUGAUGCUGGGAGGCCCAAAUAUGAGCCGGCCAUGCUGCCUGAUCUUCCACUGUCUCCUGGUGGUGACCCUGACAGCUCCAAAGACAGCUCCAUAGACACCGGGACUCCAAAGAGUGAGCAUCAGGAAUCCACCUCCACCAGUGAUGAAGGCUAUUAUGAUUCCUUUUCCCCAGGCCUUGAGGAUGAUGGAAAGGAGGCCCAAAGUCCAGGAGCACCCAGUGGCCGGUUCCCUCGGGAUAGCUAUAGUGGUGAUGCCCUUUAUGAGCUCUUCUAUGACCCCAGUGAGGCCAAGAUCAGCCCCAUCCUGGACGAUGAGCUGUGUGUGUCAGAGAGCCUUUCUGAGCAGGCGGUCGAAAUUCCCCUGUCCAUUUACAGUUUCCACGUAGGGGCUGAGGAGAACCUGGCUCCUCAGCCAGCCCUGGACAUCAUCAGCCAAAGCUUCCUGCACAGCACUUGGAAAGGAAAGGAGUGCCUCUUGAAGCUGUGUGACACAGAGCUCUCCCUCACUAUGGGCAUCAUUAACUGGCUCCGCAGGAACCCAGAGCUCGUUUCUCCCUCAGAUCGGGUCCAGACCUUGCCGUCACCAAUAAAGGCAAGUGGGGACCUUCCUGCCUGUUUGGGCCUCCCAUUGGGCCAAGAGGCAGAAGGAGCAACUCUUCCUAUGGGAUCGCGGAAUGAGGGCUCAAGUGAGAGGGAAACUGACAACCCAGAACCACUGUCUCUCUCAGAGCAAGUGACUGACAAGAGACGUUUUAACCAUGGGACAGUGGAAAAACAUAGAGAAGUACCUCAAAGGGAAGAUUUUUCCCCCGGCACCCCCGAUGAGGGGUAUAGAUGUGCCUCAGAUGUGUAUAGGUCCUGGUUGGCUACUAUGCCUCAUCCAUCAGCUGGUGGAUGGCAGAUGUACUUGCCUGAGAAGGAUCUGGGUUCCAGUGAGAGCAGGACUCUAGGUGAAGCCCCUCUGGCCACUGGAGGUCCAUCAAAAGAGCUUCUGCAUCACCCCUCACAGGUAUCCACAGAAAAAGGAAAAGGUCGAUCUUCAUCAGAAGCUUCCUCUCAGCCAGUAGAGGCAGAAGAAGUCACUCUGGCAGAUACCUUGGAUGAACACAAAGCCCAGAGUUCCUCUUCUUACCCCAGUGCCCACGAAAAGCCAAGUCCAUCCUUGAGCCUAAAAUGCUUCCGAAGCCAGGCCAGCCCUGGCCUUAAGAGGGGUGAACCUGACAUAAUGCCAGUCCUGGAAAGCUGCAUGACACAGGUGGCAUCUCUGAAGAUAAGCUAUGAAAACAAACCCCUGGCUGAGUGGUGCCUCAGGAAGGAAGAAGGUAGCACUCUGUGUAAGAGACAGAAGGUAGGGAGCCACUGUGUCUUGCUACAGAAUGAAUGCAAUUGUAUCCCUGCCAGCUCUGGAUAUCCCCUUCUCUCUCCAACUGGGAAGCUUCAAGAAGUGCCCAUGAGCCCAAACCAGGGACUAAGUCCCUGGCAGAAUCAGAAAAGCCAAGCAAGUUUUUUAAACCACAUGAGGCAAGUCUCAUCAAAUAAGAUCAACUUUGAAUAUGCUCAGCUGAAUGGUCAAGCGCUUUCCUACAUCCAGGACCUUCACCUCCAGUUCAGUCCUGGAGACCCCUCUGUGGCCACACAGGAGGACCACCAAAAAUUGAUACCUCUCUUUGCCCCUAGUGACUCAGUAAGGCCGGGAGCCUUACCUCAGGCCUCAUGUGCAGGUAGCAGCUCCCCGCAAAGCUUGUGCCCCUGUUCAGACAAAAAUAUUUCUGGUCCUACCUCUGGGAGCCCUCUGGAAUGUCAUCACAACCUUCUGGCCCACGUGGGGCCUCUCCCCUGUCAUGCUGAGGUGAUGGCUGCAAGCUCUUCCAUGGCUGAGACCAACCUAUAAGAGCCUCUCUAAUGAAAGGAGGAGCAGCAUCAAGGAACUGGCAUGGAAAUCAUCCUGACUCCUCAUCUGGGGCCCCACCCAAGGUUGUCAUGCCUACACUAGAGUGCAUCCAGAGUAGAAUACAGUGAAUCUUUUAGUAGCCACAAAGAAGCAGAACAGCCUUCUGCCAAUUCAAAUUCUGUUGCUACCCUGGGUGAAACGAGUCUAGGGCCAUCAGAUCAGGUCUUCUCAAAACCUGUGCAUCCAUGAGGCUAGAUUGGCUCAUGGCCAAGUUUGGAGAUUGACUUUGGCAUCCGUGGAGGUUUUGUAAUCAGUUGUCCUGUUUGAGAAUUAUCUGUCCUCCAACUGUUUAGUUACAUUGCAGACUCACAGUCAUACAAAAAUGUCAUUUUUGUUGAAAAUUGUAAAUAUGGGGCAGGCAAGCACUGAUGCUUUUAAUGUCAGUCAACCUAUUUUUUUUCCACCGGAUUCUGUAUACCUUGUAUAUUUCCACCGGAAGUUCACGUGUGACUCGUCUGAGACUGAUAUGAUGAACAGCAUUUUGAUAACAGCUCUUUUAUGGUUUGAUUUUAUAAUAGAGACAGUAUUUGUAUGUUGACUUACCUCCUUGUCCCUGCCCCCAAACCCUCUGUUCUUCAGAAAUGUGUAGUGGAAAUGUAAAAACAAAACCAAACAGUUUUUACCAGCAUCUCGGGGAGAAGAUCAUCUAACUUGUUUUCAUUUACAUGAUAAAAAACACAUAACAAAGGAAAAAAAUCUAAAGGAAUGUUCAGAUUUCUUAUUGUAUACAGAUUUGUUUGCUUCAGAUAUUGCCUGGAAUAUUCACAUUACAAGCCAAGACAAAUCUGUGGCAGCUUAGUUGUUUGGGCCAGAAGAUCACUGCCCAGUGACCACCUGUUGCUAACUGAGGGCAGCUGACCUAAAUUGUACGUAUAGUGCCUAGGAGGAAAUAGUCUCUGAAAUGCAAGUCUUGCAUACCCAAACCUAUGACAGUGACAAUUCAUUAGUUAUUUAGAAUUCCUUGUUGUAAAAGAAUUUCAUCUGGGAUCAUAGCCAAGGCUUGGAAUAUUGCCAGUCAGUACAAUUCCUGAGUACCUAUAAUAAAUAUUGGGGUGGUGGAGUCAAGAGAAGUUGUUGUCUGACCUAUUGCUGGGGCAUAUCUUCUCCUAUUUCUCCUCUUCCUUCUCUUUCUCUCCUCCCCACUCAAGAAAAUGUUAACUGUUUGAAACUGAUCUCGACCAUGUAGAUAUCUGAGUAAAGCAACUGAUACCAAGAAAUCAGUUAGCCAGUCAACAAGCAUUUAUUAAGCACUUACUAUGUGCUAGGUGUUAUGAUUAGCUCAGGGGAUACAAAGAAAGGCAGAAACAGUGAAUGAAUUUGUUGAACUCUUGUCAAGGUCUGCAUGCUCCCAAAAUGUAAGCUAUAGUUUAUAAACUUAAAUGAAUCUCCGGUUAGUAGCAUUGAGUGAGGGGAGAUUUCUUUUUGGUCCAGCAAGCAUAAGGAGGAGAAACGUCUUGGUAUUCUUGCUCAACCUCCUUGUUCUUCAAAUAAGUCUUUUACAAAAUGAGCGAGUUGGACUAGAAGAUAUCCAAGGUCUCUUUUAUCUUUAAGUCCAAUUAUCCUAUGAUCCUUUGUAAGUAACUACAGGAAGGAUAGAAUUGCAAUAAAGAUUAAGUGGUUGCUGGAGGAGAGAGUAUGAGUUAGCUGGAAAAAUAUUCCAAUGAAGCAAUAGCAAGAAUCCAGGAAAAGGGAAGAGGAUUUGUACUGAGAGUGACUUUUGGUCUCUGGGUGCCCCUAUAGGCCCAGGAUGGUUGUCAGAAUUCAAUUUGGAAAACACUGAACAGAGUGAUCUUUUCAGAUAGUAAUCCUAUCCAAGUGAAGAAUCAUUCCAUCACUCUCCUGGUAAAUAGGCUUCAGCAUAAAGGGACUCCAGAGAGUCAGUUUGGCCAAAGUUUGAAAUGAAAAUGGUUCUGGAGUGGCUUUAGCCAGAUGAAUGGUAUCAUGGCCUCACAUCAUGACUUGAACAACCUUUUUUUUUUUUUUUUUAUUUUUUACUGUGGUUUAGUCUUCGAAGAUGCUUUUUAAGCUCAAGGGCAGUUUUUAAAUGUGUAUAAUCUUUGCAUGUUUGAACCUGGAACUACUCCAUUCAGCAGGGUCUAUUACAUGGAUCUUUGAUUUACCAUAGUAAAUCCAACAAGCUUUGGCCAUCCUGGCAGCAUUGCUGGGUAGGGUAGGGGGUUAGAUUAGAAGCAGAUGAAAUAGCCUGAAAAGCCAAAUGAAUUUCUUUCAUGAGCUCUAUGUCUUCUGAGGCACACGAUCUGAUUUUUCCCUUAGCAUCCUAGAUGAUAAUUAUGUAAAGCAGGUUAAGGAAGCUGGGUCUGUCUUUUGACUGCUCACCAAAACAUGACCUCUUUUUUGACUUGACUCACUGACUUGGAUGAUUCUGCUUGUCGUGCUCUAAACUCAGAUUGGGACACAUUUAAAAUUGGCUUGAUGGCAUAAAAAAAAUCUUGCUUUAGAGAGAGUACAGGCCAUUGGAAAUACUCAGGCCAGGGAAGGUCUUUUGUUGGCCUCAAUAUGUUGGACCCCUGGGAAUUCUUCAGUCCCAAUGCAUUAACAUUGCUUAAGAAACAUACAUGGGAGGAAUAUAAAUGAGAAGUGUGUACAUACAGUUUCUUUGUGUCCCCCUUGAAGAAUUCAGUGUUUAUACUGGUUUUUAUUAAGCCCCAACAGUGCACACCUAUUUGCAUGUAUAGAAGUAAAAACAUUGUAAGUACAGCUCAUAAAAUCACCCCUUGUGUGAGGUAAACACUGCCAGAACCUUUAGCUGUCUCCAGCUUGGUUCCUGACUAAAGGUAGGAACUGCACGUCUUCUGAUUCUGUCUCCAGUCUUGUAUUCACUCCCAGACACUAAUGCAUGUUCUAGGAAUGCUGGGUAAGUGUGGUAUGAUGACUGAGGGUCAUUUUUGUAAUAGAUUUUCAUUAACAAGAUAACAGUAUCAAAUACCCUUGGGGAAUGGACAUGUUUUGCUUUUGCUUGCAAGUGGUUUUCAAAGUUGUGUGAUGAAAAAUAAAAGUGAUUUGUAGCUGCCAAGGUUCUAGGGCAAACGGAGAAUCAAGCACUCUUUUAUUGGUUGAAAAGGCAGUGCAGUGUAGUGGACAGAGAACAUUGCAUCUGGAGUCAGAGAACCCAGGAUUGAGUUCUGUUUUCCACCUUCUAGCUCUGUGACUGUGGGCAAGAUGCAAGCUUGACUUCUGACCUCAGUUUCCUCCACUGUAAACCAUGGAUAAUAAUCAUUUACAUUUUGUAUAUCCCAGUAUUAUUGUGAACAGCACACUAUAUAAAAGUGAGCUGUUAUUAUUUAACCUCUUGGCUCUGAUCACCAGAUUGUGUGGAGUUAUUUUCAAUGACAGUAGUGUUGGGAAGAGAACUAAUAUCUGAUUUGUGGAUUAGCAAUGAUAUGGCAGGGCCUUUUCUGAGCAUAAUUGGUAUAUUUCAAAAAUAAGGUGUUUUGAAAGAUAAAAGGGGAUUCAAGAGGAGGAAGGUCAGAUGAGUUAGAGUCUGACUUAGGGUGAUGCUGUCUUCUCAACUCCACCCAAUAAAACUCACAUUCUCUCAGAGGUAGAUGUGGGAUUAAAUUAAUCAGCAUUAAAGUAGAAGAAAUGACCUCUAGACUUAAGCCUCCCUUUUAUGAUGUCCCCAAAACAUGAAUUUGAGUUUGCACCCCCAAAUGAUUAGCCACCUGGUAGAAUGUGUUUGGCAAGAUGGUGGCAGUGGCGGUGGUUGUGCGGAUUCUGAUAUUCCUUGUUUAGCCUCCCUGCACCAUAACUGAGCCCAGGAGG